UUUGUGUUUGCAAAGGAAUACUCUGUUUUAGUUAUUGUUUUGGUUUUGAACUUUUGUAAUACUCAGCAUGGCCUGAGUAUGAACUUUACCCUGAUAUGAAGUUAUGGCCAAUCAAAAAUAUAAAUUAUGAUGGAUGAAUUGUGCUCUCUCAUCAAGGACCGGAAAGACGAUAGAGGGCGUGGUUAUGUUUUCAACAUGGCAGCGUACAGGAGAUUGCCAAAUUCGAGGAGUUCAUUCUGUAUUUUACGUCGUUUUCUGCAACGAAACGGCAGAUUCAUUUCAUCAACAUCUACGUUUAAUCAUGAAACAUCCAUUCAUGUACCAGAUUGGUCAGAAAACUUUAGGUCUCAUCAUAUUCCCACCACACCAACUCAGAAGUUGCUGCUAUCUGUAGGGGCAUCAAUUAUGGCCUUAUAUAACCCCUACAGGCAUGAUAUGGUAGCAGUGGCUGGAGAAGCAACUGGUUACUGGGCCUUAAAACAGAUGCAUACAAAAAUGAUGAACGAUCCUGUUGGAAAGCUGAUUCUAGAAGAAAAACCAAGAAUAAAUAGUACAACAAUUGAUUUUGAGUGCUUACGAAGUCUUCCCAAUGAAACACUUGGAAAACAAUAUAUUUCAUUUAUGGAUAAAAAUAAUAUAUCUGCAGACACAAGAGCAAUGACAAAGUUUGUUGAUGAUCCUGAGUUGGCGUACGUUAUUCAACGAUAUCGUGAAAUCCAUGAUUUUAAUCAUCUACUUCUUGGGCUUCCAACCAACAUGCUUGGAGAAGUAGUCGUGAAAUGGUUUGAGAUGUUGCAGACUGGACUUCCUGUUUGUAUAUUCGGAGCAAUCUUUGGACCUCUGCGGCUGAACUUCAGUAAGAGUGCACAAUUGAUGGAGGUGUAUUUACCGUGGGUGAUCAAGACAGCUAGAGACUCAUCCUCUAUUAUGAAUGUAUAUAUUGAGCGUCACUUUGAAGAUAAUUUUGAGGAGUUUAAAGAACAAAUUGGAAUAGCUCCUUUACCAAUUACAUGAUAGGUUAACAGAUGUGUCAACUGACAUAAAGCAAUAUUUGUUCAUGUUUAUUUAGGAAUCAGUGCAUAGACACAGGCAAGCUGAUAACAGUCAAAUAUCAUUCUUUUGUAUUGUAAGUUUUUAGCUUUCAAUAGUGAACACUAGAAUGAGCAAUAUUGUAUAUGCAGGUUAACAGAUUCGUAAACCAUUUAUGCUGCUUAAACUGGAUUUUAAUUGUAGGCCUAGUUUAAGUGGUUUGGCUCAGCAGGAACGAUUUGGUUUCUCAACCUUGAAGUCAGGGUUUCAAUCUCUUGCUGUGCAUUUCAUCUGUGUCCUUGAGCAAGGCACUUUAUCUGCAUUGCUUCUCCCCAAGGAGUACAGUAUAGUGUUUACCUAGUCGGGUUAAAUGCAAAAAUACGUUUCUUUUGACACAUUUUAUUGUAUUUUGCUGCAUGUAGUGGUACCAAUGGCAAGCUAACUUCAUGUAUUAAAAAUAUGCAAAUAUCAUGAAUUUGCGGGAAAUGGGUUAGUUCUCAGAAGUUUUUUGCUUUCUCACUGCUAGAGGAAGGAAGACUGUGCGACUCGUGGGAGACUUCUUUUGUAAAUAAUAUUUUAUAUGUAAAAUAUUUACAGUAUAUAUUAUAAAGAAAUCUUAUCCUAUUAAAUUCAAUUCAGAUAUAUA